UCACAGUGAGAAGCGAAGUGCCAGCACAGAGCAGGGACAUCAGUAGCUGCGCGGCACGGAGCGCACUCUCACUCGCUGCGCCGAUUGAAGUUGAGCGCGACGCGCUGAUGACCUGCGAUCGUCCUCCGGGGGAGAGCUGUGCAUCUGACCGGCUUAACGAGCGUCAGCUCCCAUCUCCUCACCACUGAUCAUUUGUUGCUGCCUUGGCUCCGCGGUCCGACUCUCCGAAGGCUGCGUUUGGACCCGGCGCGCUGACGGAUACAGACGGACUCCGAGGACCACAGCGGGAAAAGUAUAGCUAUGUCUGCAGCCGCUAUUUCUUAAGAUCCUGCGGUGCCAUAGCCGGUCUGUGUCCAUUUGACAUCCAGCCUAAGGGGCCACCCUGAGCCGAGUCUGAUGGAGAGCACAGCAGCAGCUCUGUCUGUGUGACAGCUCGUAACAGCUGUUAAGGUGGAGAGAUGGACUGGCUCACACCUGAGAUGUGAAGCGUGUUAUGCGAGCCAAGGUGUUUUCCCACCUUGCUGAUGGUGGGGAGAGAUGUUGCACUCCGUUGCCAUGACGGCUGAAGUUUUCUUUGUUCUUGGCUUCCUGAUGAGCCGCGCUCAGUGCAAUCCCAUCGCGACCCUGCCGCUGAGCCGCGAGCGUCUGGAGAGGGUGUUGGCCCAGGCCAAGGAGGACCAACACCCGGAGAAGCAGGCCCUCGAGGAGCCGCGGGGCUACGGCGCCAAGCCGCAACCGGGGGAAACCAAUGCUUUGGGCGCCAACCGGACCGCUGUGAGCCGCGGCGGGCCGAGCAUCAACUCCCAGACGCGGGGAUCUAAGGGCGCGAAGGCCCCGGAGCUUUGGAGCGAGCAGGACAGCGCCAACCGGAUAGACGAGGGCCCCACCAGCGACGUCGCCCUCUCCCUGGACGCCAUCGACGAGUACGCCUACCCGGACUACCGGGGCAAGGGCUGCAUGGACGAGAGCGGCUUCGUGUUCGCCAUCGGCGACCAGUUCACCCCGGGCCCCUCCACCUGCCCCUGCCUCUGCACCGACGAGGGCCCCCUGUGCUCCAAGCCCGACUGUCCCAAGGUGCACCCGCGCUGCAUCAAGGUGGACACCAGCCAGUGCUGCCCCCAGUGCAAGGAGAAGAAGAACUACUGCGAGUUCCGCGGCAAGGCCUACGCCUCGCUGGAGGAGUUCAAGGUGUCUCCGUGUGAGAAGUGCCGGUGUGAGCCAAGCGGCGAGGUGUUGUGUUCGGUGGCAGCCUGCCCACAGACCGAGUGCGUGGACCCGGAGUACGAGCCGGAUCAGUGCUGCCCCAUCUGCAAGAGCGGGCCCAACUGCUACGCGGACACGUCGGUGAUCCCGGCGGGUCGAGAGGUCAAGAUCGACGAGUGCACGAUCUGCUACUGCACCUACGAGGAGGGCACGUGGCAGAUCGAGCGCCAGGCCACCUGCAGCAAGAACGAGUGCCAGCGGACCUAGAGACGAGCACGGGGGGCGGGGCUUACUGGCGCGCGCCACCACCGGCCGGUCCGCGCGGGAACCCUUCGGACGUCAGGGUUGGACGGCAGCCUCCAGCAUUUCAGCAUUUCUACAGUAGUUACUCCUGGAUUAUUAAAAAAAGGCUUUUAUGGAAGUUUAUAAUCCUCACACAGAAUAUCUAUUUAUCUAUGUAUUAAAAUUAUUUAUGAAUAUAUACAAAUAUAGAGGUGAUAAAUGCUGAACUAGUGACUAUUUUUUAUAGCCUCUGUAUUUUAAUAAGUAAUGUAUUGGACCUGCGGUCAAUUCAUCAACAGAAUGUAUAGAACACACGCAGCGGUCUUUGGAGGCGGCGCGUGGAGUCGCCUGACAGACCCUGACACCAGACCCUCUACCACCAAAGUGCAGACACCGUACGCGUGAGAUAUUCCGUUUGAUGGCUGAGGAUGCGCCGAUGCGACGGUCAAGUGCGGAUCAAAAACCGACACGAGACGGAGGAAGACUCAAGAGUACUUGACUGUUCCCUGCUUUCUUUUUUUGUCGGAUGUUCAAAUGUGUUUUGAUUUCAAAGUGCUUUUUUUGUAUUUUUCUCGGUACCGUGUUCAUGUUUGAAAUAAAUGCCAAUCUGUGCUCUGCCAA